AUGGGAAGCGCUGAGAGAUCGGAAGUGAAACCGCACUUACCAAUGGCCGACAACGAUAGGAAAUCGAUAAAGAGCAUCCUGAAGAAGCCAUUCCAGGCGCUCUUCCAGAAGGAGAAGAAGAAAGAGAAGAAGCAGGUGUUGGUGGAGGAGAGCAAGCCUGCGGCGAAGCCCGCGCCGAAGGUCACCCCGGUCUCCGUACUCCUGGAGAACUUCCAGAGGCUGCAAAUAGACAAGAAGGAUGAAGAGGACGAAUUCUCGAACUUCACAUACAAAGUGGUUGAGGAGGGUAGCGCUCCCGCCAGGACUGACUCCCACUCGUCCGAGGACAGCGGCUUCUCGGAGAAGAGCGUUGCAGAGACGAGCGCGGAGGAAGAGAAGCAGCUGAUAGACGCGCUGCAAGAGCUGAAAGUUGACACGAAAGAGAGCAAAGAGAAGAAGGGCAAGAAAGUCCAGACCGUAUUCGUGUCCAGGGGUCCCGUUAGGAACAAGGUCGGCGAUUAUGGUGCGUCGGUACACCCCUACAAUAACAGUCAUCCGGAUGCUGAAAACGUCUAUAGACAGAUAAACCAGAUCAACAGGCACACUUUCUCGGGGGGCCACGUGCUCACCAAGUGCACGCCCGCCGACUACCUCUCCGAGAUCAGCUUCGUGCUGAACCAGGUCGAGAGGAACGUGCAGAACUCCGCGCUCAACUCGGAACAGGACCAGGAGCGGGACUGGCAGGUGGCGAUGGAGUUCCUGGAGGGCUCCCGGGAGGCGGCCGAGCCGCGCUCGAUCCUGGACGACUUCGUCCAGGCGCAGGCGGGGCAGGACUUCGUGGUGAGCGGCUACCAGGCCAGCGCCCCGGAGCCGAACCCGGUCGAGGAGUUCUCCAACGCCAACCACGCGGUGUACGCCGACUACGGCGACUUCGAGCUGUCGAUCGGCGGCUGUUCCGAGCCUCACAAGCCCUCGAUAUUCCCCACUCCCCCCCGCUCGGAGAACACCGCCAGCCCCGUAUCGGAGCCGUACCCACCCAACUCGGAGUACACCCUGUCGCCCGGCGUCUCCUCGCCGCUUUACAACAGCGACAACGAGAAGUACCAAGAGAUCGCGUAUGAGGUCGCCCAGCGCGAACUGCCGAGGUGCGUCGCGGAGACGGAGAACUCUGACGGGAAGAGCAGGGAGAGGACGUCCAGCUCCUCGAUGACUAUGAAGCAGUAUAAAGACCUGCAGAAGGAGAUAUCCGGCGGCUACUCGAAGAAGGAGUGCUGCCAGACGGACAGGCGGACCUGCAAGGAGAUCUUCCUCGAGCACAUGGAGAAGUUGAAGAUGGAGGACAGGCGGGCGCUGUGCGUGAAGGUGGCCAGUCUGGACCUGAAGACGGCUUACGGGGUACUCCAGCACAUACUCCUCAGCCUGUCGACCAGCGACACCGAGGAACACCUCCAUAUGGCGCUGCUGAACCUGAUCUGCGAACGUAUCAUCGCCCAGAAACCGGAGCUGUUCCUCGGAGAUUUCGGACUGGGUGUGCUGAAGUUGGCAGUGCUGCGCUGCCACCGGCGGCCCCUGCUCACCCGUUAUCUGGUGCAGUGCGUGAGGGGCGCGAUCAAAUCGGAAUCGGCGCCGCGCUAUAAGGAGAACGAGCACGUCUUCCACGAGGUGGACGCGCUCGGCGACAACCUGCUGAUAGCGUGCGCCCGUGUGGGCGACUCUUGUGCGGAGGCGCUCGGCGAGCUGGUGAGGCGCGAAGCUGACCAGCCGCCGCUCUUCGAUGUUCACCACGCGAACGGUGACGGGUACACGGCGCUGCACGUGGCGUGCAGCCUGCACAGCGCCGAGUGUCCGCGCGAGUACACGCUGCACGUGCUGCUGCAGCACGCGGGCGCCGACGUAUGGAGGGGGGAUAUGAAGGGCGGCGACACAGCGCUGCACCUGGCCGUCAACUCGCCCACGUGCGAGCUUCGACUGGUCAUGGUGAUGUUCCGCCACGUGGACCGCAAGCUGUGGAAGCGGCUCGCGCACAAACAGAACCGCAGUUCGGUGACGCCGCUGGAGUACGCUCGCUCCGCGGUCAAGUCCACCACCAGGCAGAACUACCCCCACGAAGUCCUGGAGUUUCUGAGGAAGUGCCGC